AGCAACAGGUUCAAUCCCCAUUGAGUGGCCUUUGGAGACACGGCCCUCUUUCCCGCAUCAAAGACAGAGCAGCUCUCCUCUCCUGAACAAGGAAAUCCUUUGCAAAAACUUCAAAAAGGACACACUAGGUUUCAUUAGAAAUGUUAAGAUUAACCAAAAAAGGAUUACCAAAGUUUGACCAAACUCAAGAUGAACAAACCUACCUGGAGAAUUUAGCAGUACAGAGAAAUGCUACAGUUUUCUUUGAAAAAUUUGAUCGGAGUGAAAUUCAAGAGUUGCUGACCACUGCGCUCGUUAACUGGUUUUUUUCCAGGGAAGACAUCCGCUCUCAGUUAGACACCCCGUACGGAAUGAUGAGUCAGAUGAAUAACGUGGGCUUCUCCACGGCAAUCCUACUAACUCCUGUGGACUCCACCGCUCUCUUGGAUUACAGAGAAGUCCAUCAGAUCAUCAGGGAGAUGGCUGUCGGAAUUUAUUGCUUAAAUCAAAUUCCUUCCAUCAGUUUAGAAGCUAAUUAUGACCAGAGUUCUUCGUGUCAGUUACCGCCAGCUUAUUAUGAUACCAGAGUUGGGCAGAUUCUGAUCAAUGUUGACUAUAUGCUGAAGGCGCUCUGGCAUGGAAUCUAUAUGCCUAAGGAGAAGCGAACCCGGUUCUCUGAGUUAUGGCGUGCCAUUAUGGACAUUGAUCCAGACGGGAAACCGCAAACAAAUAAAGAUAUUUUUGCAGAGUUUAGUUCAGCAGGCAUGAUUGACAUUACAAAGGAUCCAGACUUUAAGGGGAUCUAUGAUGAAGACAUGAAUGAAGACCCAACAUAUAGUCCCAACAGUCCUGAGGAAAAGGCUAUUUUUAUGAAGUACGCUGAAAACAUUAUGCUGAAGCUGACAUUCAGUACCACACAAGUUCAACAGCAUGAAAAUGUUUUUAUAUUUGAAACGGGCUAUUGGCUUACCAAUGCUGUAAAAUACAAUCAGGAUUAUCUUGACAUCUGUACCUACCAGAGGCUACAGCAAAGGCUCUAUCUUCAAAAAAAGAUGAUUCAGAAGCACUUUGAAAAGAAAACGGAAAUCAGAAGAGCCCUAGGCUACUUAAAAUUAGUGUGCUUUCUGACACCAUUUAUGUUGAGCUUAAAAAAGAAGAUGAAAGUACCAUAUUUAAAUAGUCUGCUUCAGCCUUUUUCAGAUGACAAGGUCAAGACAGAGCGAGAAUUGCCUCCAUUUAUUUAUGGACGAGAUUUUAAAUGCCAGAAUUUUCACUACAAAGAGGAUCAGUACUUUCAUGUUCAUGGGGGAAUUGAAUUCGAUAUCAGCACUCCUUCGAUUGAAAAUGCCUUGGACGACUUCAAGAACAAUUUAGAAAGAAUACGAGAUUGUGCUGCUAACACAUUCGUGGAAGAUGCAGGCUACAAAGAAUAUUACUCAAUUCCAGUCAUGGAAUUUAAUGGGAAAAGCUACUAUGUCAUCUAUUUUGAACUUGAAACCUUCUAUCAGCAGCUAUAUAAGACGCAGUGGUGGGGAGCCAUCAAUGAAAUAAUGAACAAUCUGAGGCCUAAAAGACUUCCACUGACAGAUGCUCAAUUACACGAGCAAUUCAAGAAAAAAUUUGGUUUCAAAAAAGCUAUUAAAUGCAAGAGCAUCCCCUUCGGCAUGAAGUCUGCUGUUGAAAGAGGCUUAUCUGCUGUGUUUCAUACAUUCAGCCGUAAAACCUCAAGCUCCACCAUCAACGUCUCCGAUGAGGCCGGCUACACCAUCUUCCACCACGCCGCUCUGCACAACAGAGUCUCCAUUAUCUGCCAGCUGUGCAACUCCAACUUCAAUGUCAACCAGAGGCGCUUUGUCACGUCCAACCAAGACUCAGCUAAAAUGGACACGAAGAAAGAAAGAAAUGGUCCGACUCCGAUACACCUGGCGGCUCAGGCAUGCGCCUUAGAAGCCAUCACGUACCUGCUUUGUUACAAGGCUGACUACACGCUUUCUGAAAAAAGAGGCUGGAUGCCGAUUCACUUUGCUGCCUUCUAUGACAAUAUCUGUAUUAUCAUUGUUCUCUGUAGGAAGGACCCGAGCUUGCUGGAAGUUGAGGCAACAGCGGAGAAUCAGUGCACCCCACUGUUACUUGCUGCCACGUCAGGAGCCAUGGACACUAUUCAGUACCUGUUUUCUCUUGGGGCUAACUGGAGAAAGACAGAUAACAAAGGAAAUAAUAUCAUCCAUUUAUCAGUGUUAUCUUUCCACACAGAAGUUCUCAAGCAUAUAAUAGAAUUAAAUCUUCCUGAACUCCCAGUCUGGGAAACUUUAGUAGAAAUGUUGCAGUGUGAAAGCUAUAAACGGAGGAUGACCGCUGUCAUGGCCCUAGAAGUCAUCUGCUUAGCAAAGAAUGAUUACUGGGAAAAAAUCUUGGACGCAGGCACCAUUCCUGCCCUCAUCACUCUGCUGAAAGGCACCAGAAUCAAACUGCAGUGCAAGACGCUCGGGCUGCUGAGCAACAUCUCCACGCACGGGCGCGUGGUGCGGGCCAUAGUGGGGGCGGGAGGCGUUCCCGCCCUCAUCAGCCUGCUGGUUUCGGAUGAACCUGAGCUCCACUCCCGAUGUGCUGUCAUUCUCUUCGAUGUCGCGCAGUUUGAAAAUAAGGACCUUAUUGCCCAAUAUAAUGGAAUCCCAGCUCUGAUAAACCUCUUGAAGCUGGACAUCGAAAGCGUGCUGGUGAACGUGAUGAGCUGUAUACGUGUGCUGUGUGUGGGGAGUGAAACCAAUCAGAGAGCCAUGAAAGAGCACAAAGGCAUCCACUACCUUAUCUCAUUUCUCAGUUCUGACUCAGAUGUGCUGAAGGCCGUAUCUUCUGCUACCAUUGCUGAGGUUGCCCGGAACAGCAGGGAGGUGCAGGACGCGAUCGUGAAGGAGGGAGCCAUCCCCCCCCUGGUGGCCCUCUUCAAAGGGAGUCAGCUUAGUGUCCAGGUGAAGGGCGCCAUGGCGGUGGAGGCCCUGGCCAAUUUCAACCCUCGAAUCCAGAAAGCCUUUCUGGAGAAGUCGUUAACUAAAUAUCUUUUAAAACUCCUCAAGGCUUUUCAAAUAGAUGUUAAGGAACAAGGAGCUGUGGCACUUUGGGCCUUGGCAGGACAGACUUUGAAACAGCAAAAAUAUAUGGCAGAACAGAUUGGGUACAACUUUAUAAUCAAUAUGCUUUUAUCAUCGUCAGCAAAAAUGCAGUAUGUUGGUGGCGAAGCAGUCAUAGCUUUAAGUAAGGACAGCAGGAUACAUCAGAAUCAAAUAUGUGAAGGGAAUGGCAUUGCACCAUUGCUCCGUUUGCUGAGAAUCAGUAAAAUUGCUGAAGGCACACUUUUGAGUGUCAUCAGAGCAGUAGGGUCCAUUUGUAUUGGUGUGGCCCAUACAAGCAACCCCACCAGUCAGCAAUACAUCGUGGAGGAGAACGGCCUGCCCAUACUUAUACGGCUCCUGAGAAACCACCCUUCUCCUCACAUCAAGGUUGAAGUGGCCUUCUCCCUGGCGUGCAUUGUCCUGAGGAAUGACCAGCUACAGUUUGAGCUGCAGAAGAGUGAAGGGUUUGAGUACAGCGAUGUCCUUAACCUUCUUCACUCACAAGAAAAGGAUAUUCGCUUAAGGGCAGGCUAUGCCUUAACUCUUUUUGCCUUUAAUAAUCGCUUUCAACAAUACUUAAUACUGGAGAGUGGGAUGAUGACGCUGUCCAUUUUUGAACCUUUUCUUCAAUCAACAGUUGAAACUGAGAAGGCCAUGGCAGCUUUUCAGAUUAUUAUAUUGGCUAAAGUCAUUAUAGAUGUGGACCACAUUACUUUGUCAGCAAGAGGCGUUAAUAUUUUAGUUGAGAGUCUGUAUUCAGUUCAUUCCACUACUAUUAUCUUGACAGGGAAUUUGAUAGCUAGCUUGUCUCAUUCUAGAGCUGGCAUUCCAGAAGCAUUUACUACAUUAGGGACUAUUCAACGGCUCUGCUAUCAUUUGUACUCAAGAAUCGAAGAGGUUCGGACAGCUUGCUCCUGUGCCCUUGGCUACUUAACUUACAAUGCUAAUGCUUUCCGUAUCCUGCUAAAGGAAUGCAGGAAUAGGCCAAAUCAGUUCUGCCGGCUAUCAAAUAAUAUCAGCAGAGACGCAAGUAUUAACCCAGCAUUUUUAAAGGAAUUCCAGUUGCAGCAAAGAGUGGGGCUUCCUUCCUUAAGUCUGGAGAAAAACGGAGGCCCAUCCAUAAUUCCUGUCUUUAAAAAAGGAAAAGAACACCGGAGAAAAUUAAAGCCUAAAAUUCAGCCAGCAGACUCUCUGACUUUAAUACCUCCUGUAACUAACUUCAUGGGACUCUUCAAAACAACAAAAAAGACUACUGUGACUCACAACGCGUUUUCCUUCUCAUCUGCAAUCUCGUCAGAUAUCAUAAAUGUGUCACGACCAAGAAUAGUAUUUUUGAGUGACCUUGGGAAAAAUGUUCAGAAAACUAACGUGGAGCCGGCGGAAGGCUAAUAAAGGCAUUUCAAUAUGAAAGGA